AUGUAUAUAGAAUUACCACAAAUUAAAAGAUGCUGCUUUUGUGUACCUCUCAGGUACGGAUUGCUUGUCUGGGCGUAUAUUAAAAUGUUUUGGUGCCUGUUCCUUGGAGUAGUAAUUAGUGUAAAAUUGUACCAGGUGCCUCGCCAUCGAAUGAAAAACAUUAAAACUGAGAUCGUCAUUAUGUCAUUGUUUGAUACGAUCUUUAUAAUUGACUUUGUAAUCACAUUCGUUUUUAUAGUCGGUGCUCAUAAGAAAAACCCUAAACUUUUGAGAUUAUACUAUAAAUAUGGGCUUGUCAGUUUAGUGAUAAUAUUCCUUCUGUGCCUUGUACUAACUGGAAUUGACAUCUUUAAUUAUUUCUAUAUGAUAGCCUUACAAGAUGUUCUAGACAUUGCAACAGUCUGUGCAGCUUUUGUUAUAUUCAAUUUAUACCUUCUGUCAAUGAUCCGUAGUGAGAUUCUGAAGCUAGAAAAUAACACUCAGCUUACAUUUGUGAACCAUGUAACCGAUCCUCAAUGUUGUAUGGAAAAUGGAGUAAAUGUUUGA